AUGAGGAUCGCCAUCCGCGAGCAGCUCGCCCUGCUCGUUGUGUUGGCCACCCUGGUUGCCCUUGCUAUCGUCUCGAUACCUGUCUGGAUAUAUGUUCACCAAUUCAUAGUUGGCGUUCAAGAAAAUGCUCUCAGCUUGACCGCAUCGCUCAAAGCUGCUCGCAUAGCCGCCGAGAUUGACCUUUUGCAGACGACAUGCUCGACCAUCGCUUCCCGGGUACUGGUUCAGCGUGCGCUGUUGAACUUUUACAAUGGUUCUUCGUCGCCGAGUUUGUGGGAUGAAGCUAGGAUCGAUGUUGAAAACGCGCUUAACUUACCUGGCCAGCCUGAUCUCUUGCAAGCUCGCAUCUACUCGCGGAACUCGACAGGGUCCUCGUCAAAUGGUCUCAUGGCGACCACAUCGACCAUGUUCCACGACAUCCAACUCCCCUACAACAAACCCGAUGGUACUCCUGCAAUGUUGGGUAACGACACGUACGGCUUUCCGCCCAUGCUUUACCCCAACAUUACAUAUACCGAUACGGGCGAGCCGAGUCCCAUCUCUCCCGAUACCAACAUAUUCUACGCGGAUGCAUUUCCUGGCAUACGACUGACGCAGGGGCUGUUCCUCGGCCCCCUCGUCAUCAAUGAUACCUUCGCCCUGGUCUCGCUCACCGUCGCUGUCCGGGGCAAUACUGACAAGCUCGUCCUCGGCUACAUGACCCUCGUCGCUUCGGCCUCCAAUCUUAUACUCAUCCAGGACUCUCCCGAAGGGCUCGGCAACACUGGGCUGACGCUCCUGUUUGGACCUGAUCAGGCAUAUAAUAGGUUCAACUAUACCGACCCUCCGGUGACCAACAGCAGUUACAAGAUACCGGACACCUUCAAAUUUGCCCGCACAAAGAUACACUUUGUGCUGCCACCUACGAAGCUAAACAGCACAGUUGAUCGACAUCUCAAGCACAGUUUUGAGAGCGGUAACUACAACCAGGAGUUUGAGCUCGGAGAUUAUCCCGCAGUUUUCGACAGUUUGACAAAGUUCAACCGACAAGCUGUCAACAAUGCCAAGGCAAACCUGUGGACAACCAACGAACAAGGAGUAGACGUUUCAGUGGGUACGGCGCGGCCCAAAUCGCAGUACGUCGACUGGGUAGUUGUGGUGGAGCAGGACAGGGCCGAAGCGCUACAGGCUAUAAAUACCCUGCGAACCAUCUUGCUUGGUUGCGUAUUUGGCGCCGCUGGCCUCAUGUUCCUGCUCAUCUUCCCCUGUGCGCACUUUAGUGUGCGACCGAUUCGCGAUCUCAAGAUUGCGACUGAGAAGUCGAUAAUGCCUCCAGGCUAUGAUGAUUAUCACGGUGGUACGAGCGAGAACCCAGGCUCCGGGGUGCUGUCAUCGCUCUCAGAAAAGGGCUGGAUCGGAGCCAUUGUGCGGAAGACGAGACUCAAGUUGGGGCUUCCCGCCAGGAGAAAACGGCGAGAAUCUGACCAGGACGAAAGCUUGACGCAGCGUCAAGUGUUCAAGAUUCCCGGAAAGGUCCAGGAUCGUAAACACUACAUAACAGACGAGCUGACCGAGCUGACUACCACGUUCAACGAGAUGACGGAUGAACUUUACAAACAGUAUUCUUCCCUUGAUGAGAAGGUCGCCGAGAGGACCAGGGAGCUUGAGAUCAGUAAAAAGGCAGCAGAGGCGGCCAACGAGAGCAAGACGCUUUUCAUCGCAAACAUUUCACACGAGCUUAAGACGCCUCUCAACGGCAUCAUGGGCAUGUGCGCCGUGUGCAUGGAGGAGACGGACAUUACGCGUAUCAAACAGUCCCUAAAGACGCUCUACAAGUCGGGCGAUUUGCUGCUGCACCUUCUCGAGGAUCUAUUGAGCUUCUCAAAGAACCAGAUUGGACAUCAGAUCAGCUUGGAAGAGCGAGACUUCCGUCUGGGCGACAUUCGACAGCAGCUCUUAUCGAUCUUUGACAAGCAGGUUCGCGAGAGCGGUACGCACUUCUCGGUGGAGUUUGUGGGCCACGAUAUACUCGACUUCUACCAGUACUCAGUCGGUUCUGAAAGGCAAAGUUUGGAAAAGACGAGACUACCUGCUCUCGGUCCGUCGGCUGCGGGUGCCGGCAGGUUGAAGGAUAUGUGUCUGUGGGGAGAUCAACACAGGAUCCUCCAGGUCAUCAUUAACCUAGUCAGCAACAGUCUGAAGUUUACACCUUCGGGGGGCAAAGUGCAACUAAGGAUAAGAUGUGUGGAGGAGAUCGAGCAGAACAGCCAGACCGGCGAAAACAGUCGCUCCUCGUCCUUCUCUAAGAGCGGAUCCGCAAGGCAAGGACGCCCACGGCACCGGGUGGGUUCGUCGUCGGCACAAUCGGCAGCGUCGACGAAAGGCGUCUCAACGCCAGGCACGACAGGUACUGCGCUGGCCAUCAACCCGAUGGAUCCUAAAACUGUACCACAUAUUCAGGUACGCGAGCGAUCCCUGUCGCCGCCUCCACCAGGUGCCAAGGCCUUCCUGUUCGAAUUCGAGGUCGAGGACUCCGGUCCGGGUAUACCAGAGCAUAUGCAAGCCCGUGUCUUUGAGCCUUUUGUACAGGGCGACUUGGGAUUGAGCAAGAAGUAUGGCGGCACCGGGCUAGGGCUGAGCAUUUGCCAGCAGCUUGCCACGCUCAUGGGUGGAAACAUCACGCUGAGGAGUACUGUUGGUGUUGGGUCGGUCUUUACGAUGAGGAUACCGCUUAAAUACGUGAAGGACAGACCAUCCAGCACAGCCUCUAGCAGCAUAAAGUCUCGGCCACAGAGCUUGGCCUCUACUGACGGUGACACCACCAACGUGCGUGUGGUGUCGCAUAGCAAGUCUGCCCCCGACGGGAAGCAUGCUUCCGUGUUAGACAACAAGCCACGCCUCGUCGGGCUGAGCCACCCGUUCUUCUCGCCAACGCAGGCCACGGCACCCAAGCUAUCGACAGAAGAUCACAAAACCAAUCUGAACGAAAAGAUCGCCAAGGCAGUCGCGGCCAAAGGUGGCAACAGGCUUCGUGUUCUCGUUGCCGACGACAACUCAACAAACGUCGAGGUCGUUUCCAAGAUGCUUCGGUUAGAGCACGUCUCAGACGUCACGGUCGCCUCGGACGGGCAGGAAGCCCUCGAGGUUGUCAAGGCCAACAUGGAGAACAACCUUUACUUUGAUCUCAUCUUUAUGGACGUGCAGAUGCCCAACCUGGACGGCUUGCAAUCCACGCGGCUGAUCCGGCAGAUGGGCUACAGCGCGCCCAUCGUGGCGCUGACCGCCUUUAGUGAGGAGAGCAACGUCAAGGAGUGCAUGGAGAGCGGGAUGAACGAAUUUCUGGCCAAGCCUAUCCGCAGGCCCGCAUUGAAGCAGGUCUUGAAGAAGUUUGCCACCAUUCCUGAGGAGCCCGAAGAUGGCCGGCGGACAACGCCACCUACGAGUGCCAAAAACGUCGUUCCUGACUCCCAUGGGACCAAGUCACCAGUUCGGACUGAGGUUGCCGAGGCGAGGCGCGAAGACGUGCCAACCGGCAACGGCAAUGCUGUAGUCGGGCCAGAUGCCAAUAACAACAACAGCGUCCUGAUAUCCCAGCCUCCGUUACCGCCCAUGAAUGGUGCUGCUGUGGCAACAUGA